AUGGCGUCCUCGCACAGUCGAUCAUUGAAGCUGAUUAGAGUGAAGCCCCAUUCCCAGUUUGCCCGCUUCGUUUCCAAAAAUCUACGCCAUUUUAGUUACAAGCGAGAGCCGACAACUGGUUUCGGUUCCAAUUUCAAUUCCAAUGAUGAAGAUAAUGAUGCAAGAGAAGUCCAGAAUCCGCCUCAUCCCAUACCAAACAGACCCUUAAGAGGCGACAGGGGCGAGAGGCCCUCGUACAAUUCUCGGUCUGAGUCUUACCCUACUCCGAGAGGACCCAGAAAUGUUAAGCUCUCUGGCUCGCCUAGAAAUACCAAUCAACAUCAACAUCAACAUCACCCAUCAGAUGAUGCUUUUCUCGAGAAAUUCAAGCUCCGCCUUGACAGAAACAAGGACAGCGAAAUCCCCCUACCAAACAAUCCUGCUGCUGCUAGUGCUACUGCUAAUAUAAAAGAAGAAAAAAGCAUCGAUUCGCCUCGUCUAAAUGCUAGCGCUGCUACUAAUACUAAAGAAGGAAAAAGCAUCGAUUCGCCUCCUCCAGAUGCCGAGGACAUCUUCAAGAAGAUGAAGGAAACUGGGCUCAUCCCUAAUGCUGUAGCCAUGCUUGAUGGGCUUUGCAAAGAUGGCCUCGUCCAGGAAGCCAUGAAAUUGUUUGGCUUGAUGCGCGAGAAGGGUACCAUGCCGGAUGUUGUUGUUUACACAGCAGUUGUUGAUGGCUUCUGCAAAGCCCACAAGCUCGAUGAUGCCAAGAGGAUUUUCAGGAAAAUGCUUGAUAAUGGCAUAGCUCCUAAUGCUUUCAGUUACACAGUUUUGAUUCAGGGAUUGUAUAAAUGUAAGCUGCUUGAUGAUGCUGUUGAUUUCUCCUUCCAAAUGUUGGACGCUGGUCAUUCUCCCAGUGUCACUACCUUUGUGGGUUUGGUUGAUGGGUUAUGUAGAGAGAAGGGCGUUGAAGAAGCCCAGAGGGUUAUUGCUGCUUUGCGGCAAAAGGGAUUUUUCCUUAAUGACAAAGCUAUAAGAGAGUUCUUGGAUAAAAAUGCACCAUUAUCUUCUUCACUUUGGGAGGCUAUAUUUGGCAAGAAACCCUCAUCAAAACCCUUUUGAUUUCCAUUCUCUUGUUCAUCUAGUACUAGUACACCUUGUAAGUGUUUUAUGUUCUGCCUUUACUCUGUUUCCUUGUCUUUCUCUCCGAAACUUGCCACAAAUUUUUUUUUUUUUGAGAUAGCAUUCAAGGAGUAUUCAUCUUCAUCAAUGAACCUGCUUUUUUCCCUUCAAUUUCUUAUCUAUUUACGAAUUAUUGAUCAAUGGUAAUUAUUGAGAAAUUAACUA